AUGCCAAUAUUAAUAUUCCUCCUGCUGUUCGGCUAUGGCUGGGCUAGCUUGCUGCCUAACGGCUGCCCUGCGGACUUCACCGUCCAUCUGCUGCUGCCGCAUGAAACUAACUGCGGCAAGUUCUACUUGUGCAGCAAUGGAGAACGUGUGCUUUUUCGGUGUCCCGCUGGACUGUCAUUCGAUGUACAUUCACAGGUAUGUAAGCCAUCCAAGAAUGUGAAUUGUACCGGAGAAGAGAGAAGCACACACCAAGAAGAGAUUCGGGAAGACAUCACUAGAGUUAAGAGGAAUGCCAACUACCUACCGAACGGGUGUCCGGCGAACUUUCAGGAGAACAGACUUGUGGCACACUCAGACUGUGCCAAGUUCUACCAGUGCUCGUUUGGCAUUAAAGUAGAGAGGGACUGCCCCACAGGAUUGCAUUUUAACGUGGAAUUGCAGAAAUGCGACUGGCCGGAAAGCGCGAAUUGCGAUACAAGAUGGCUGCCCAACGGAUGUCCCAAAGACUUCGACGUGCACCACCUGCUGCCGCACGAGACCGACUGCGGCCGGUUCUACUACUGCGUGUUCGGAGACAAAGUGGAGAGGAGCUGCCCCGCUGGACUGCACUUCGACCGACACUUACAGGUCUGCAACUGGCCACAAGCGGUCGACUGCACGCCAUCAACAACAACCACGGGUUCAACAACAACAACAACGAAACCAACAACGACUACACCGACAACAACAACUACAACGAGUGCCCCAACAACAACAACGAGUACACCGACAACAACAACUACAACGAGCGCACCAACAACAACGCAGUCAACAACUACAACAGAUACAGCAUGGCUACCUAACGGAUGCCCUGCAAGCUUUAACAUUCACCAUUUGUUACCUCACGAGUAUGACUGCAAUAAAUUCUACGUGUGCGAGUAUGGUGAAAAGGUUGAGAGGAGUUGCGCUACAGGAACUUACUUUGAUCCUAUUAUACAGGUAUGUAACUGGCCACACGCGGUAAAUUGUACAUCAAGCACGGUAAGACCGCCAACAACUACAACAACAACGACUGAAGAGGCAUCUACAACAACCAGUACUACGACUACUACCACAACAGGAGCUCCACCAACCUAUCCUACUGCUCCUCCAACCCCUCCUAGUACUGAAGUUCCAACGACAACUGAAGAGGUGUCUACGCCAACCAGUACUACCAGUACUACCACAACAGUAGCUCCACCAACCUAUCCUAGUACUGAUGUUCCAACAACAACUGAAGAGGCGUCUACGACAACCAGUACUACAACUACUACUGAAGUUCCAACGACAACUGAAGAGGCGUCUACGACAACCGUGACUACGACAACCAGUACCACCACAACAGUAACUCCACCAACCUAUCCUAGUACUGAAGUUCCAACGACAACUGAAGAGGCGACUACGACAACCAGUACUACCAGUAGUACUACCAGUACUACCACAACAGUGGCUCCACCAACCUAUCCUAGUGAAGUUCCAACGACAACUGAAGAGGCGUCUACGACAACCGCGUCUACGACAACCAGUACUACGACUAGUAUCACAACAGUAGCUCCACCAACCUAUCCUAGUACUGAAGUUCCAACGACAACUGAAGAGGCGUCUACGACAACCAGUACUACCAGUACUACCACAACAGUAGCUCCACCAACCUAUCCUAGUACUGAAGUUCCAACGACAACUGAAGAGGCGUCUACGACAACCAGUACUACAACUACUACUGCAGUUCCAACGACAACUGAAGAGGCGUCUACGACAACCAGUACUACAACUACUACUGAAGUUCCAACGACAACUGAAGAGGCGUCUACGACAACCAGUACUACGACUACUACCACAACAGCUGCUCCUCCAACCCCUCCUAGUACUGAGGUUCCAACGACAACUGAAGAGGUGUCUACGACAACCAGUACUACCAGUACUACCACAACAGUAGCUCCACCAACCUAUCCUAGUACUGAUGUUCCAACAACAACUGAAGAGGCGUCUACUACAACCAGUACUACAACUACUACUGAAGUUCCAACGACAACUGAAGAGGCGUCUACGACAACCAGUACUACGACUACUACCACAACAGUAGCUCCUCCAACCUAUCCUAGUACUGAAGUUCCAACGACAACUGAAGAGGCGUCUACGACAACCAGUACAACGACUACUACCACAACAUUAGCUCCACCAACCUAUCCUAGUACUGAAGUUCCAACGACAACUGAAGAGGCGUCUACGACAACCAGUACUACAACUACUACUGAAGUUCCAACGACAACUGAAGAGGCGUCUACGACAACAAGUACUACGACUACUACCACAACAGCUGCUCCUCCAACCCCUCCUAGUACUGAAGUUCCAACGACAACUGAAGAGGUGUCUACGACAACCAGUACUACCAGUACUACCACAACAGUAGCUCCACCAACCUAUCCUAGUACUGAUGUUCCAACAACAACUGAAGAGGCGUCUACGACAACCAGUACUACAACUACUACUGAAGUUCCAACGACAACUGAAGAGGCGUCUACGACAACCAGUACUACGACUACUACCACAACAGUAGCUCCUCCAACCUAUCCUAGUACCGAAGUUACUACCACAACUGUGGCUCCACCAACCUAUCCUAGUACUGAAGCUCCAACGACAACUGAAGAGGCGUCUACGACAACCAGUACUACGACUACUACCACAACAGUAGCUCCACCAACCACUCCUACAACUGAGGAGAUUCCAACGACAACAGAGGCAUCUGUUACGAAAGAGAUUCCUACAACAACGAGUACUCCAAGUAUCACGACCACUCUACCGCCUCAAACUACAUCAACGUCUCAAGAUGUUCCAACAACAACGGAAGUGGUGACCACUGAAAAGGAGAGAACAACAACAGAGGAGGUGUCAUCAACAGUGACAACCGAAAUGGACAAAGUUUCUACCACAACUGGCACUAUAACCACUGAAUCGCCAUCAACAACAACUACAGUGACAAUUGAAACUACAACCCCUGGCAUAUGCCCACCAGGAUUCUUUGGAAAUAUUCCUCACCCUUACCUUUGCGACUAUUAUUACUUGUGCCUUGGAGGGGUUGCCACAUUGCUUACGUGCGCUGCAGGAUUCGAAUUCGACCCUGUUACCGCGCAAUGUGUCCUGAUUUCCGAGAACGGGUGUUUUGCCGGCCAAGGCAAAUGGCCUCCAACAACAACAGGACCUUUAUUGACAACAACAGUGGAGGGUCCAAUAACAACAGAUGAAUCAACAAGUACAACUCUGCCAACAUCAACUUUACCUCCUCAGAUUACGACAGAGGAGGUUUCAAUAACAACAGAGGAAGCCACUACAUCCAGUUCUACUUCUACUUUUUCACCGUCUACCGUACCUCCUCAGACCACAACAGUAGAGGUUUCAACGACCACAGAGGAAGUCACAACAAGCAGUACUACUACAACAACUAUAUCACCAUCAACCUUACCUCCUCAAACAACAAUAACUACUGAAGAGGUUCCAACGACGACGGAGAAUAUGACUACAGAAGAAGUCUUUACUACAAUUAGUACUACUACUCUACAACCUUCAACCUUACCUCCCCAAACCACGACGGAGGAAGUUCCAACAACAACAGAGGAAGUCACCACAUCUAGCACUACAACAACUACUCUUUCACCUCCAACGUUACCCCCUCAGACCACAAUAACAGAUGAGGUUCCAACAACAACAGAGGAAGUCACUACAUCUAGCACGACUACGACUACUCUUUCACCUCCAACGUCACCCCCUCAGACCACAAUAACAGAUGAAGUUCCAACAACAACAGAGGAAGUCACUACAUCUAGCACGACUACGACUACUCUUUCACCUCCAACGUCACCCCCUCAGACCACAAUAACAGAUGAAGUUCCAACAACAACAGAGGAAGUCACUACAUCUAGCACGACUACGACUACUCUUUCAUCUCCAACGUUACCCCCUCAGACCACAAUAACAGAUGAGGUUCCAACAACAACAGAAGAAAUUAUAACAAGCAGUACUAUUACAACACCCUUAUCUACUACAACAACUACAGUAGAGAUUUCCACAACAGACCUACCAACAACAACACCAAGUACGACACCUGCUGGUAUAUGCCCGCCAGGCUUCUUUGGCAACGUUCCUCACCCUUACCUUUGCGACAAAUAUUACUUGUGUCUUGGAGGCGUGGCCACAUUACUGUCGUGUGCUGCAGGCUUCGAAUUCGACCCUGUUACUGCGCAAUGCGUCCUGAUUUCCGAAAACGGGUGUUUUGCAGGCCAAGGCAAAUGGCCUCCAACAACAACUGAAUCUUUAUUGUCAACAACAGUAGAGGAUACAACAACAACAGAUGAAUCAACAAGUACUACAACAACAACUCUACCACCUUCAACUUUACCACCUCAGACCACGACAGAGGAGGUUUCAACGACCACAGAGGAAGUCACCACAAGCAGUACUACAACAAUUCAAUCACCACCAACCUUACCUCCUCACACCACAACAACUACUGAAGAAGUCCCAACGACAACAGACAAUGUAACCACAGAAGAGGUUUCUACUACAAUUAGUACUCAGGCCACAACAACAGAGGAAAUUCCAACGAUAACAGAGGAAGUCACGACAUCUAGUACCACGACUACUCUGUCACCAUCAACCUCGCCUCCUCAGUCCACGACAGAAGAGGUUUCCACGACCACAGAAAUAGUCACAACAUCCAGUACAACUACUAUAUCACCUCCAACUUUACCCCCUCAGAGCACGACAGAAAAGGUUCCAACAACAACAGUGGAAAUCACAACGAGCAGUAUAACUCCAACAACUGUAUCACCAUCAACUUUAUCUCCUCAGACGACAAUAACAACUGAAGAGGUCCCAACGACAACAGCAGGUUUAACAACAGAAGAAGUCCCCACUACAAUUAGUACUCAGACCACUACGACAGAAGAAACUACAAAAACGACAGAGGAAGACGGAACAUCUAGUACUACUACGACUACUGUGUUACCAUCAACCUUACCUCCCCAGACCUCAACAAUUAAUGGAGAGGACCCGACAACAACAGAUGGUGCAACCACAGAAGAGGUCCCCACUACAAUUACUACUACUACUAAAACAACUUUACCUCCUCAGACCACGAUAACAGACGAGGUUCCAACAACAACAGAGGAAAUUACAACAAGCAGUAGCAUUUCAACACCAUCAUCGAUUACAACAACUACAGGGGAGAUUUCAACAACAGAUGUAACAAAAACUACUCCAAGUACGACACCUGCUGGUAUAUGCCCGCCAGGCUUCUUUGGCAACGUUCCUCACCCUUACCUUUGCGACAAAUAUUACUUGUGUCUUGGAGGCGUCGCCACAUUACUGUCAUGUGCUGCAGGCUUCGAAUUCGACCCUGUUACAGCGCAAUGCGUCCUGAUUUCCGAAAACGGAUGUUUCGCCGGCCAAGGCAAAUGGACUCCAACGGUAUUACCGACUACGACAGAAUCUCUAUUAAGCACAACAACAACAGAGACUGAAACCACGAUCGUUGAUGAUUCAACAACAGUUCGCCAAACAACAGAUCAUACGUAUGAAACAACUGAUUAUACUGAUAAAACAACAACUGACUCUGUGACAACAGUUAGUUCUACUGCGACAACAACAAAAGGGGAUAUAACAACAACUAGCACUACUCCGCUAUCUACAACCUAUCAGGCAAUGACAACAACAGAUAUGGCUGAGUCAACAAUAACGACAACCACAACGCAGAUACCCACAACAAUAGAGGAGGUAACAACAACUCUCCAACCAUCAACUUUACCUUCUCAAGCCUCAACAUCGACAGACGAGGCGGAAACGACAAUAAUAACAACCUCAACGGAAAAUUCAACGACGACAGAGGAUGUGACAACAACCUUAUCUCCUCAGACCACUAUAACGACAGAGGAGGCCCCGACAAUAACUACCACAGAUACGGAGAAGGUUCCAACAACUACUACUAUACAACCUCCAACAACAACAAGUACAACAUCAUCAAUUGAGACCACAACUGCUGGCAUAUGCCCGCCAGGAGUAUUCGGGAAUAUACCUCAUCCUUACCUUUGCGACAAAUAUUACUUGUGUCUUGGAGGCGUCGCCACACUGUUGUCGUGUGCUGCAGGAUUUGAAUUCGACCCUGUUACUGCGCAAUGCGUUCUGAUUUCCGAAAACGGAUGUUUCGCCGGUCAAGGCAAAUGGACUCCAACGGUGACACCAACAACAACAGAGUAUCUAACAACAGUGCCUGUCACUGACGCAACAACAAGUUCUAAUAAUGAAACAACCAGGGAUACAUAUAUCACCGAGAGUCCAGAGACCACCACGAAGGACAAUGGACACGGGGAGUUGGAUCCGACUACAGAAAGGAAGACUACAGGUUAUAACUCAACUGUUGAAGACUUCGAAACUACUUCCAUGUUAGUGCAGACUACAUUAGAUGACACGGCCACUACUCAACCUGUAGAGACAACCACCAGUCACAUAUGUCCCCCAGAUUUCUCUGGUUAUAUGGCGGAUCCCGUGCGUUGUGACAGGUACUAUUUCUGCGCCGUCGGAAGUGCUGUGCCUCUUUACUGUCCAGCGGGCACUGAGUAUGAUCCUGUUUAUGAAAGAUGCGUUCCAAUUUCUGAAAACGGCUGUUUCGCUGCCCAAGGUAAAUGGACACCGACGGAACCACAAACAACUGAAUCUAGUAAUUCCGAAGCAACAACUGGCAGUAACAAUGACAAUCCUGAAGCAACAACUGCAGCUGUGGAAGUAACAACAUCAGAUGACAUUGAAACGACAACUGGUGGAACCGAUGAAGUUGCAACAACAACUAAAAGCUCAGACGAUAAAACAACCACAGACAAUGUAAUAAGAACAACAAAAGAAACUGAUAAUCAAGAAUCUACAAGAGAUCACCCGACAACUGAAGUAGUUCCUACUACACUACCUAAUGUUAAUGAAGAAUUUACAACAAUUGCACAAUCAACAAUAGCAGAUGGAGUUACAGUUACUUCUAGUACAUCAAAUUAUCCAACAAGCAAUGUUUGUGAAGCAGGAUUUUCAGGGUUCAUACCAGAUCCAGCAGCCUGUAGCAGCUUCUAUCAAUGUAUCGUUGGGCAUCCGAUAAGAUGGUUCUGCGGACCUGGAACAGAAUUUGACCCGGCUACUUUGCAAUGUCAACCAAUAUCGGAACACGGUUGUUACGCCUCUAAAGGUAUGUUCACACCGACGGAAGAGGCCGAAAAGACAACAGACGUGUACACGGGCUCUGAUGAAAGCGCAACUACGAAAGUUCUCACAAGUACAACGAAAAAUAAAGGUGUGAAUGGAAACUCCAACGAAACAACAACAGGACCUGUUGUAACAACAACAGCGCCUGUUGCAACAACAACUAGCGGCGUGUGUCCGCCGGACAAGAUCGGCAAUAUACCGGACCCGCAGCAGUGCGAUCGGUUCUACAUGUGCGCGGCGGGAAUGGCUAUACCGCUAUACUGCGCCGCCGGGUUUGAAUUCGAUGAUACAGUUGGUCAAUGCGUCCAAAUAUCCGAAAACGGAUGUUUUGCUAGACAACGACAAACUGCAAAUCCUGAUUUGGAGACAACAACAGAGAAUGUUGUGCCAACAGAAGAGAUUGUAGAAACAACAACGGAUAAAGUUGUGCCAACAGAAAGUGUUGUUGAAACAACAACAGAGAAUGUUGAAACAGCACCAGUAUGUCCACCAGGGCUGUUUGGCAACGUAGCGCAUCCAAACCGAUGUGAUAAGUUUUAUAUGUGCACAAAUGGAAUGGCCAUUCCUCUGUUUUGCGGUGAUGGAUUUGAGUAUGAUCCGAAAGAAGGGCAAUGUGCGCUGAUAUCUGAUACUGGAUGUACGGCAACAUCGAGAACGUAGGCAUCAAUAAGACUUCUGGACUUUGGAUUUGCGGCCUUAAUUUAUCUAAGUGUAAUGAUUUAAGAAAUGAUUAACGUCAUGCAAAUGUUAUAGUUUUCAACAUAAAUGCGAAAAAGUGAGCCAAAGAAUAUUAACUAGCUUUAACGAAAUUAUAUCAGUCAAGAUAUUUUCAGUAGCGUCACAAAAUAUCUACUUAGGUAUAUAAAAUCUAUAAGGUGAUAGUUUCUUAACCCAC